UUUCAACCGCAAUUCAGCUUCUAGCCGUUAUAUUGUCAGUUGUUGUGCAUCCAUAAACCACAAUCUUCUCCAGAUAGUUUUCAGUUACAGUACAAUCCACCAAUCCCGUACGUACCACACGUCACGAUGCCCAAAUCCAACCUCGGAAAGCGAUCUUCCCUACAACCGCUCAAGAGCAAGUCCAGAACUUCCAAAAGCGAUGUCCGAAAACAUCAAGGCGCAGAUAUUCUCGGAAAAGACCACGACCGAGAGCUGUACGGAACCGAGUCUCAAAAAAUAAACGGGAAGGCACAAAUGGAAGGAAAGAGAAGUCCAGGAGGAGGAGGGAGGCGGACGGUGGAAGAGAUGGGAGCUGAAAGGCCUGUGAAGAAGGCUAGGAUCGUUGAGAGUAAACGCGAAGGGGAAAGAAUGGAGAGUGAGCUUGUUGGUAAUAGUGGUCAUCUCUCUGGAUCAGACACUGGGUUUAAGUCUGGAUCAGGUGAUGAGGGAGACAGUGAUGAGGACGAGGAAGAUGAAGAUGAAGAGUCACUGAAAGCCGCCCGACUUGCGGCUCUGGAAGCUCACUCCCGUGCUCUCUUGGGGUUACCGCCCAUGCCAAUUGAAUCUGCCAGUGUGGAUAAUGAUUCGGAGGAGGAUGACGAGGAUGAAGAAAAUGAGGAAGAGGAGGGAACCGGAGAAGAGUACAUCUCUGACGAUGGAUGGGGAGCAGAGGAUGGGUUUGUUAGUGAUAGUGAAGACGAGUUUGCCAACCCACAAUCAAAAGCGUCAUCCUCAACAUCAACAUCCCGUGUCCCCGAAGUAGUGUUCGACCCCUCUACUGCCGGCAGUGGUCCAUCUAUCCCGAUCUCCAAAGCCGAACGUCGAGCUUUCCUUACGGGGACAUCAAUCAAGAUGAUGGGCAUUACCACCCAAACUGACUACCUGCCCGGCCGUCCCCGUUCCCGUCCUUCUGUAUCCGCUGAUACCGACGCUGAAGGGGAUCUUGAAGACCACACCAACGCCUCCCUCGACAAGACCCUCCACUCCAUGCUUCUCACCACCCUCCUUCCUUCCCACGCUGCCUCCGCCGCUUCCCGCCCUGUCGAUAAGCGCAACGCCAUGAGCGCCCGAUUAUUAGAACUCGCCCAGUACGAGCUUCCCGGGGAAGGUAGCAAGGUCGUCAAGGAUAAACAUCUGAGCAGACAUCCUGCCGCGGUGAGAACAGGGUUGUUACAUAAACGGGAAAAGAGGGAGAAGGCACAGAGGCAAGAGGCGAUUGAGAGUGGGAAUUACGUUCGGGGGGUUGGUGGAUUGGGCCAGGGGCUCAAGAAGGGGGGUAUCUAUAAGGGUGAACAGAGAGCGUCGGUGGGUAUGGAGACGGGGAAGAAGAAGGGAAUGGAGGGCAGGAAGAAGGGUGAUGCGGAUCGAUCGAGGGGUUUGGGAAUGGGUGUGGGUAGGUUUGAAGGUGGUGUCUUGAAAUUGAGCGAGAGAGAUAUAGCGGGGGUGAAUGGUGGUGGUAGUAAAGAUGGGAGGAAAGGAAAGGGUGGGAAGGGUGGGAAGGGUAAACGGGGAUGGUGA